UGGCGCUGGGCGCUCGCCGCGUACGCGAGCGCGAGCAGCAUAGUCGGACGUCCGCGGCCUCAUUACAAAUACACCUCCUUUCUCGUAUACGAAGCAGCCGAUGGUAGCUGAAUCUCGUUGUUCAUCCAUUGUUUUGCCUCGGUCCAGGGGUUCUUCGCCUACCGGUGCUACUGCGCCGAUUGAUGGAAAGCAGCUUACUGAGCAAUGUCUCUAACAUGGCUUACACGAUCCAAAUCCAAACUCGCCUACGGAUUCAAGACGAAUCCGUGGAGAUCCAUGGACAGUAGUAGGAUGACUGAUCAGACUCUAUAUGUAGGCUGAAAUUCGUACAGCGACGAAUAUAAAAGCGACGACGAGACACGGUCUUUCCAACACAAUCCUCAUCUUCGACCAUAAACCCGCACUCACAUCCAGCACAUCCAGCAACAAGCAAAUCGAUAGACAUGGCCAGUAAGACGAAUAUCCUGCUCUUCGGUGCCUCCGGCUACAUUGGGGGAACUCUCCUGAAUCGCCUUCUGAAGCACCCCAGGGCAUCUACUUUCGAGAUCGUUACACCAGUGCGCUCCGCCGAGAAGGCAGAGGUGCUCAAGAAGCUGGGCGCGAAGCCCGAGAUCGCUGCUCUCAGCGAGUACGACAAGAUCGAGGAACUUGCCUCUCAUGCGGAUGUCAUAUUCAACCUCGCAAACGCGGACAAUGUGCCGCAGAUGAACGCGGUUCUCAAGGGCAUACGAAAGGCGCACGCGGCCACUGGCAAACCGCCAGUGCUUAUCCACACUACCGGCCUUGGCGAAGUCAUUGAGUUCGCGCAGGGAGAGUAUGCCGCCAAGACCGUAUACUCGGACGUGGACAUCGAGCAGAUCAAGUCCAUUCCGGCAGAAGCCCUCCACCGCAACGUCGACCUGGUCGUGAUUGGUGCAGACGAGGAAGGCUAUGCGAGGUCAUACUUGAUCUCGCCGGGCAUCGUGUACGGUCUCGCAUCUGCGCCAGUGCACGAGGCGGGAAUCGCGAAGAAGUUCUCCAUUCAGAUCCCAGGGCUCGCCAAGGCAGCGCUGGCCAGGAAGCGCGCUGGCAUUGUCGGUCCUGGUAAGGCUGUCUGGCCGCAUGCCCACGUCGAUGAUGUGGCCGACAUCUACGUCAAUCUCUUCGAUGCGAUCUCCAAGGACCCGCAGAGCGUCGGGCACGGCUGGGAGGGCUACUACUUUGUCGAGAACGGCGAGGUUGCCUGGUAUGGUGUCGGCAAGGCCAUCGGCCAGGCGCUCGUGGACCUCGGAAUCACCAAGGAAGCUGAGCCUACCCCGUUCGCAAACGAGGAGCUCGAGAACUACUGGGGCUCACUGGCCGUGGGCAGCUUCGGCGGGACGACAUGUCGUGCCAAGGCGGAGCGGGCGCGGACGAUCGGGUGGAAGCCCAAGCACGCGGACAUACUGGGAACGAUCAAGGCGGAGGUGGAACUGCAGUGGUCGAUCGCACAGAAGAAUGGCGGCGAGGUUGACUUCACGUUUGAGAGGAACCUUGCCAAGCUGUUUGGGUUUGCGUAGGUGCGAUCGAAGUCUUGCUCGAUAGAACGUUGCAGUCGCAGAUUUGAAGUGUCCAAUCUGAUUAUAAAUGAUUUCUGCCCUUUCGAAUGCCGCCGACGAAUUAGCGAGCAGGUUCAUGGCGGGUGGGGCGACGGCGGCGGCGCUAUGUUGGUAUGCGCGAGUGCGGCUUCAAUACAGCUCCGUGACUUCGAGAUGCAUCAGAUGGGAUGAUCUACA